UAGAGUGUGUUUCUCUUUCACACGUGGGGAUUUAACAAUUCUCAGCUCUCACCAACAUGGCCGCGUGCAGUGUGGAAGAGCUGUUAGUCAAAGCUGAGCAAGAAGAGGCAGAAAAACUGAAAAGCAUCACCGUGAAGAAAGAGCUUGACCUGGAGUUUGACAUCGGUAACCUGCUAGCUUGUGACAAAAACACCAUCGAGUCGCGGGACUUUAGAGAGCAGAAGAAAGACGACUUCCUGCGGCUGUUAGCUCGUGACAACACGCAGCUGCUCAUCAACGAGAUCUGGAAACGACCCACGGAAAGGGUCGAGGAGGCGAUAGUGUCCAAAUUACCAGAGCCGACGACCCCGCUGCCCAGAGAGAAGCCGCCUCCGAAGCCCAAAGCUCCAACAAAAUGGGAAGAGUUCGCCAAGCUGAAGGGCAUACAGAAGAAGAAGAAGACCAACCUGGUUUGGGAUGAGACCGCGAAGGAGUGGAAGAGGCGCUGGGGCUACAAGAGGGCCAAGGAUGACACCAAGGAGUGGCUGAUUGAGGUGCCGGAGACCGCAGACCCAAAUGAGGACCAGUUCGCCAAACGCACCAAAGCCAAGACUGAGAGAGUGGCCAAAAACGAGUUCAACAGGCUGAAGAACAUCGCCAGGGCGCAGAAGGUCAAACUGCCAGGUGUGGGGCUGACGCCUACAGCCCAGCAGUCCAAAGACGACCUGUCAAAAGCUGUAAGUGUGGCCAAAACCUCCACAGCAUCCGUGGGGAGGUUCCAGGAUCGCCUGCCUAAAGAGAAACCGCCAAAGAACACAGGCAAGAAGAGGAAGUUUGAGCCCCUCAUCGGCAACUUUUCUAGCGAGAAGCAGAAGCAGCUGGAGCUUCUGAAACUCAUGGACAGCAAGAAGCCCAAGUUGGACAUCACCAAGGCUGUCAAUAAGCAGAUGAGAGAGGACGACAGAGAGGAGGCCUCAGCUAAGUACAAGAAGGGAGCAGGGAAGAAAGGACGCAAAGGCAACAUGUCAGGAAAGGGCAAAGGAAAUGGGGGCAAAGGAAAUGGUGGCAAAGGAAAAGGAGGCAAAGGAAAAGGAGGUAAAGCUGGAGGAGGAGGAGGAGGAGGAGGAGGAGGGAAGAGGAGAGGCAAACCUGGGAAGCAUUGAGGACUCUAACUUACUGUAUCCUGCUAUAUCUGUUUGUGCCUUGGCAUCAAAACAUUGGACUGAACGUGAAUGAUGCAAUAUAAAAUGACUGUUAACCUGUGAAUGAUGGAUGCAAUGUUGUGACUGUCUAUUUCACUUUAUGUUUAUACUGUCAUCACAUUUGUAAAUAUCAGUCUCAGCAUUCAUGGAGGGUAACUGGUGUGUGUGUGUGUGAUGUGUAAUAUUCAUGGAAACAUACUUUUAACUGCAGCCCAAAUUAAAAUCACUAGAUUGUGUUUUUGUUUCCUGUUUAAUUCAAUGCAGCUAUGAAACAUCUUUACAGACCUUCAUAGCUGUUUGUUUUGUUUUUUACAUUUGACUUGUAAUAGCAGGAGGAUAGGUGUAACUAACAGCAUUACAACAACAAAAUCCUACAUGUAUUCACUGAAUCCUUGCAAACCGUAUGCAAUUUAUUUCCUCAAAGAUGACAUAUGGCAAAGAUAAAAGUUAAGAUUUCCUUCAAAAAAAAUAGUUUUUGACAACAUGACAUUUUGAUCCCAGUUAGUGUUUUACAAUGAGCAAACACACAUUGCAGCAGCUGCACUGGAAUACCUAAAUGGAUUGCAAUCGUUAUGUUAAUCACACCUGUGUUUUUCCUGCUAUGAGUGUCAAAAUGUCAGAUGAGGAAAAGACAUUUCUAAUGAGUCCGGCUGCUUAAAUAAAGCUGUGCUGCAAGUAGAUGUGGGUCAUAUGGGGGGGGGACAAGUCCAUACACGUCAUAUAUGAUGUAUGUAAUAUUUUCUGAAAAAUCAGUUUAAAAAAUGUUUAUCGAUAAAAUAAACUUGUAGCAGAAAGAGUUUUUUGGGUAAU